UGCGUGCUGUAUUUAUGGAGUUUAAAGAUAAAUCAUCCCAAAACGUUGUUCCUCCUUCGAGGGAACCACGAAUGCAGGCACCUCACAGAAUACUUCACCUUUAAAAAAAGGUGUCGAAUCAAGUAUUCAGAGCGAGUGUACGAUGCGUGUAUGGAUACAUUUGACUGUCUUCCUCUUGCUGCCCUCUUAAACCAGCAAUUUCUGUGUGUUCAUGGAGGACUGUCUCCAGAAAUCACGUGUCUAGAUGACAUUAGGAAAUUAGACAGGUUUAAGGAGCCUCCAGCCUUUGGUCCAAUGUGUGACUUGCUCUGGUCUGAUCCAUCAGAAGAUUAUGGCAGUGAAAAAAUUCUGGAGCAUUUCUCCCACAACACUGUUCGAGGCUGCUCGUAUUUCUACAGUUAUCCUGCAGUUUGUGAAUUUUUGCAGAACAAUAGUUUGUUAUCUGUAAUCCGUGCUCACGAAGCCCAGGACGCUGGGUACCGAAUGUACAGGAAGAGCCAGACAACAGGCUUUCCAUCAUUAAUCACAAUCUUCUCUGCACCAAAUUACCUAGAUGUCUAUAACAACAAGGCUGCUGUCCUGAAAUAUGAAAACAACGUCAUGAACAUCAGGCAGUUCAACUGUUCCCCUCAUCCCUACUGGCUUCCAAACUUCAUGGAUGUCUUCACAUGGUCUUUGCCUUUUGUAGGGGAAAAAGUCACAGAAAUGCUCGUUAACAUCCUCAACAUAUGCUCCGAUGAUGAGUUGAUUUCAGAUGGUGAUGAGACAUUGGAAGAUCACUACAUUUCAAGCUAUCAGAAAGGUGGGACAACAGUCCGUAAAGAGAUCAUCAGGAAUAAGAUUAGAGCCAUUGGGAAGAUGGCACGUGUCUUCUCGGUUCUUCGAGAGGAGAGUGAGAGCGUGCUGACUCUCAAAGGCCUGACUCCCACAGGUACACUGCCCCUGGGAGUGCUCUCAGGGGGGAGGCAGACCCUACAGACUGCCACAGUAGAAGCAGUAGAGGCACGGGAAGCCAUUCGUGGAUUUUCACCCCAGCACAAGAUCCGCAGCUUCGAAGAAGCCCGAGGGCUGGAUCGCAUUAACGAGCGCAUGCCGCCGCGCAAGGAUUCCGUGCACUCGGACGGGCCGGUGAACUUGGUAACCUCCACAAACUCUGCAGACAAGAAUGGCACAGGGAAGAAAACCCAGUAA